AUGUCGAACGUAGAUUUCACUCAGCUUGAAGGAAGCAUCUACCCCAAGGAGGUCGGCGGCAUUGACAUCACGACUAUCGAUUUCUCGAAACAGCCGGAGCAUACCUUUGCCGCUUACAGCAAUGACGACGGGACCGUGACGGGUAUCGACUGGGAUCCCGCCUGGGACACAGAAGGUGCCAAUGCUAGCGUUGUUGAAACAUCUCAGCCAGACCCAUCGAACGAAAGUAACGAUGAGCCUUCUCCCGUAGCGGUCUUCGACAUCCGUCCCGUUCCGGGCGAGACCGACCGAAAGAAAAUCGUCAGCAUGUCCUACCUUUCACCACUGAACCAGAUUCGUGCAAUCGACAAAGUCAAGAACUCUGCCACUCCCCUUGAGAAGGCCCGACUUGCCGAUGCGCGCGCCGCCCUCCAGGACCAGAGGAAGGAUCUACACAGGGAGAUCCGAGACCUUUUGGAAGACUCGGAUCCUGCAGAAGGGGAACGGUGUCUUGGUCAGGGGACUCACAUCGGUAGACACGUCAAUGGCGAAUGGCACAGGGACCCUAGACGUCCGUCGGACGAGGACCAGGAUAUCCUAUUUCGUCUGAUUCACGCCAUUGUUCAAGCUGAAGUUCCGGACGUUCGACUAGCUCUGAGUAGAUCGAAAGCCGGCGACCAAGGAGGACAGAGCGUCUUUUCGUCGAUUCUCCUCUUAGGUAGUCACGCCCCAUUAUCCCCCAAUCGAUACUUUGAUUUCCUCGCUACCGAUGAGGCUUCAAGCAUAUUUGACAAUGCAACCCCUGACUCCUUCAAUGUGUACUGGUCUGACGCGGCGUUGCGAAUCGACUUCGUACCGGAGGGAGCUGAUGGCUCGAGCAGCGUCGCGACCUGGCCGCCGACCAAGAUUGACGAUGACGACACCAAGCCGCAGUCUCUGUGGGCAUUGACUCUCGGCUACGACAUCAAAUCCGACGAUACGGAGCAGCUCGGGUUGAUCAUAUCGGAAUUUGAAGAUCCAAAGGUACAAUUAGAGGUGGUCAAGAAAGCGAGUCGCAAGGUUGGCCUGGACGAAAAGGUUGCAAGGAGACUCGACGUCGCGGACAAGGCGUUGUCCAAAGAUAUCGUGAAACGGAACCCCCGGAUCACACGAUACUGAUGUUGGUGGCGCUCAUAGCACUUGUUGAAAGCUGGAUUUUGCUUGUAUUUGAAAGUAGCUAGGUGGACAUGGUGCUACGUUUAGGAUUGUACAGGCAGAUGGGCAUACAUUGGGGCGA